UCAGGCUUUGUCGAGCAUUUCUGCAGUACAAAUCUUGCCAUAAAUGGAAAUUUGAAUACUACGCGGCGUUAUCGACAUCGGAAACAGCAAAAUGCGUGCAGUUACCUGCGAAUUCAUAAUCGGGUGAACGAGUGGCUCUACGAUUUUGCGUACACAAUUUUACGCAUCCGGUCCGUUCAGAUUACUAACCGCUUGUCAGAAAAAUCAUCAGUUCCGCCUUACACACAGUGUCGCGCGGCAGUUAACGAUGCGUUGUCCGUGGCGCGUGGAUAUUACGGCGGUGGUGACCUUUGUUGGCCUCUUGAGCUGCAUGCCGGGAACCCACCUAUUCGGCACCCAAUUCGGCCGCUUCCGCCAAUUCGACGGCCACGCCUGUCCGGUCACGGAAUGCGAGCGGCAACCGCCCUGCGUUCCGGAUGACCAACCGAACCCGCAGCAGGCGAACGGAUGCCCGCCGGUGUGCCCUACCUGCUCCCUGCAGCAAUCCGACCAGACAACGUCCGCGCCGGCCGAGGAGCGUCGACCGCCAGCGGGGUGCCCCGCGUACGUCUGUGUGGGCGGGUGCACCGGGGAAGUCGGGCCUAUCCUUCCGGGAUGCCAACCCCCGUUGUGCCCGUUCUGCCGCGACGUUCCCCAUCCCCCCCGGCAGGGGUCGUGGCGGUGGCCGCAGGCUAAUCCCGAUGUCGACCCCUUUCAUACGCAAACGCUCGCCCCGCACACCGUCCGCCCAUACCCGGACAACCGGCCUAAAGACAAUUUCACCCCUCCGCCACCGCCGACACCGGGUCCCAACCAGCGGACACGUCCGCCACUGCCACCCAACAACCUCCCCGCCCCGGAUCCGUCACCGGAUACCGUCCGCACACGCCCUUCGUCGUUCCUAUGGAGCGGGUCUCCCACCGGCUUCCGUUCGUUUGGAACUAAUACCGUCCAGCACGGCCAGGAUGGGUUCAGUUCGUUUGGAACCAGUACCGCCCAGCGCGGCCAGGAUGGGUGGCAGUCGCCGGGUGGCACAUCCUUCAACCGGCACUCGGAUUUCCGGACCGGGCAGGACUCGUUCCAGUCGCCAACCAGUUUCAGCGGCAGCCAGACAUUUGGGCACAAUUUUGGUGGUGGUUUCGGCUUCGGCCGGGGGUGAUCUUUUAGUGGCAAGAAAGAAGUAAAACGCAGUCGGUGGUUACGGAAACGGGGAAAGUAUCCCGUAUCUUGAAUUUCAUGUGCGCUCAGAUUUGGCGUCUUAGCUGCUCCGGCAGCUGCCGGUAUGAACCGGCUACCAUUUUGUGUGUUCUUCAUACGUUUCUUGUCCUCACAUUACCGUUGAACUGGAAAAGUGGUAAGAGGUCCACGGGUCAGAAAUCUAAUACUAAAAUUAACAAGCUUAUUAAUAACAAAAUUGUUGCUGUUACGUGCACGCCUGUGUGUGUCGGUGUUACUGUGUUGCUCGCUGUCGUUCCCGUUUCUGGUGAUUUAGAGAAAAUUUUGAAAUGUAUUUCUUGUAAACUGGAUA